AUGCCCCGGCCCACACCACGCGCCCCGGCCUUUGGCGGUGCAUGGACCAGUCUCAACCCCGCGCUUACGCCGUGGAUCGCGGACGUGAUUGCCGCGCAGGGCUUUGAGCGCAUGACCCCAGUGCAGGCAGGUACGAUUCCCCGCGCGGUCAAGAACCAGGACUGUGUGGUUGAGGCCGUCACGGGAUCAGGCAAGACGCUGGCCUUUGUCGUCCCCGUCCUCGAACGCAUUGUCCGCAACGAACACAAGUACAGGAAGGGCGAGGUUGCGGCCGUUGUCAUUGCUCCUACCCGCGAACUGGCCUCUCAAAUCCACGACGUCUUCAACACCUUCCUCUCCACAUGGACACCCAAAGAACCUACCCCUGUUGAUGGCGAGGAAGGACCCCCUCCCCCACCGCCAGAGUAUCCACUGGCAUGUCUGGUGACGGGCGGCACCGCGGCUCCUUACGAGUCGUUCUUCAACCAAGCCUCCAAUAUUCUGGUCGGGACGCCAGGCCGCCUCGCAUCCUUCCUCCUCUCACCACGGGGCAUGUCCGCUGUCCGUGUCGGCAACCUCGACGUACUGGUGCUCGACGAGGCUGACCGCCUCCUCUCCGCCCCAGACCACCGACGAGAUGUCGAGAGGAUCAUGCGCCAUCUCCCCAAGCAGAGGCGGACACACCUCUUCAGCGCGACCAUGACCGACGCGGUCGAGGACCUCGUCGGCGUCGGAUUGCGCAAUCCUGUCCGUAUCGUCGUCAAUCUCAAGGAUAAGCGGACGGGCGAGAGCGCGGUCGAGCGUCGCGUUCCAAUGGGGCUGGCCAACACCUUCCUCGUGUGUGGACUGGCCGACAAGACGCUUCAGCUCCUCCGUGUCCUCCAGCGCGAAGCCAAAGUACACGAGGCAGCAAAGUUCAUCGUCUACUUUUCUACCGGCGCCGCCGUGGAUUACUUCUACCGCAUCCUUUCCCGCCUCCCAGAGAUAGACAAGUUCGCCCUCACCUCACUGCACGGUGACCUUCCUCCGCGCGUGCGCGAUGCCGCCCUGUCUGGGUUCAACGCUCACCCAUCCUCGCACCUCACCCCAGCCGUCCUGCUGUGUACCGACGUCGCGGCCCGCGGCGUAGACUUUCCCGAUAUCGACGUCGUGAUCCAGUACGACGCGCCAACAGAUCCCAAGACCUUUUCUCAUCGCGUGGGCCGUACCGCGCGCGCAGGACGGGCUGGGCGCGCAGUCAUCCUCCUCACCCGCGGUCGGGAGGAGCAGUACGUCGACUUCCUGAGCGUGCGCAAGAUCCCUCUGGUGCCACACGCCUACAUCGGCGCGGACUUCGAGACAGCCGAGGCGCCUCUCCCCGCCGACCCCGACUCACUUGCCCUCCUCCAGCGGAUGAGAGACGUCGUGCUCUCCGACCGCGACCUCGCUGAUCGCGGGGCGAGGGCGCUCGUGAGUUGCGUACACGCGUAUACAAAGCACGAGGCGAGCUUCAUCUUCCGGCCAAAGGAUAUCGACUACGCCGCGCUCGGCACGGCGUUCGGGCUCCUGCGGCUGCCUGUUAUGCCGGAAGUGCGGGACUGGCGCCGGCGGUGCGAGAAGGCUGAGAAGAAGCGCGCAGAGGAGGGGAAAGACAAGGACAAGGCUGGGGAGGAAGAAGAGGUCGAAGAGGUCGAAGAGACGGAACAAGUUGCGCAGCUUGUGUGGACCGACGCAGAGGUCGAUUGGAACGCGCUCGCGUACACGGACAAGAAGCGGGAGGCUCAGCGCCAAGCAACUCUGGCUGAGAAGGCGGCCAAGCGGGCGUCUGGAGAGCUCGAUGCAGAGCGCGAGCACGAACGGAAGAAACGCAAGGUGCGCGCCGAAGUCAACUCUGCGUGGAGCGGGAAGAAGGACCAGCGGGUACGGAAAGAGGAGCGGCGGGAGAAGAAGGAUAAGAAGGCUGAGGCGGCUUGGGCGCGCCGCAUCAACGAGGGGCUGUUGGAGGAGGACGCGCCGGCGCCCGAAAAAAGGGCAGGGAAGCGUAAGGUGGCCAAGGACGAGAGCGACCAGGAAGACUUGGCGGACGAGUACCGCGCGCUCAAGAAGGAGGUCAAGAGCACGCGGGGACGGGUGGAGAAGAAGGAGGCCGCGGGCAUGUUUGACGAUCUCGACUAG